AUGGCGCAACGGAACUACAACAGUGCAUGGUGCUGUGGUACGUCCAACACUAAGAAAGAUACUAACAAGAGGAAGAGUUUACGAAGACACCCUUCAUAUGCUGCAACAACGAUCGGCAGAGCAAUUUACAAGCUAAACAACACAGAGAGGGAAAGGCUUUCUAAAUUGUUAGAAAUUGCAUAUGUCAUUGCAAAAGAAGAACUUCCAUUUACAAAGUUUGUUGCAAUUGCUCAAUUGGAAAAAAAACAUGGAGUUGAUUUGGGAGUUACCUACCUGAACGAUCAUGCAUGUGCAGAGUUUAUUGACUCCAUUGCAGAGGUGUACGAAGACGAGUUAAACCAGGUUUGUUAUCCAUUAUACAUGUAUGAGAUGAUAUUGCUGAUGCCAUCUCUCAGUAGUUUAGUUUGUUUGUUAAUAAUUUCCUUAAAUAAUAACGUUUUUUUGCUGCAAAAGAAAGUCCACUACAUUUCAAUUUUAGUUGAUGGCAGCACAGAUUCGAGUAAUGCAGAGAAAGAACUAAUUUACAUCUUAUAUCUGGAUCCUGAGACGGGAAAACCAAAGCUCAGAUUUUUUUUACUUAGACAGCCCUGUUGUUGCAACUAA